CUCCACGUGGAUUAUGUAUUGGCAGGUGCAAACCUGUUCGCCCAGACGUAUGGCCUGCCAGGCAGCACUGACCGAGCAGGUGUGGUCAAGAUCUUGCAGGACGUCAAAGUGCCAACUUUUACCCCUCGCUCCGGGGUUAAAAUCCACGUCUCUGAUCAGGAGCUGCAAAAUAGCAAUUCCUCUGUUGAUGACUCCAAACUGGAAGAACUGAAGUCUCAGCUUCCUACGCCGGAGUCAUUCCAGUUCAAACUCAGCCCCAUCGACUUUGAAAAGGAUGACGAUGUAAACUUUCACAUGGAUUUCAUCGUGGCAGCCUCCAAUCUGAGAGCGGAGAACUACGACAUUCCACCUGCUGACAGGCACAAGAGCAAACUGAUUGCUGGCAAGAUCAUUCCUGCUAUCGCCACGACUACAGCUGCAGUGGUUGGCUUGGUGUGCUUGGAGCUCUUCAAGAUCAUCCAAGGGCAUAAGAAACUGGAUUCGUUCAAAAAUGGCUUCAUGAACUUAGCCCUACCUUUCUUUGCCUUCUCUGAGCCCAUCGCCGCUCCCAGACACAAGUACUACGAGAUCGACUGGACUCUCUGGGAUCGCUUCGAGGUCAAAGGGCUGCAGUCCAACGGGGAAGAAAUGACACUCCGACAAUUCCUUGACUACUUUAAAAAUGAGCAUAAGUUGGAGAUCACCAUGCUAUCUCAGGGAGUGUCCAUGCUGUAUUCAUUUUUCAUGCCUGCUGCCAAACUUAAAGAAAGACUGGACCUACCAAUGACUGAGAUUGUGACUAAGGUGUCCAAAAAGAAGCUGGGCAAACACGUGAAGGCCCUGGUGUUUGAGCUGUGCUGUAACGACCUGUCUGAUGAAGACGUGGAAGUGCCCUAUGUCAGAUACACCAUCCGCUGAGCUCCACACUGAGCCCACCCACCAGAGGGAGGGAGAUGUGGGGGGAGGGGAGCAAAAAGGGGACUAUUCUGAAGUGGGUAGCUUGAUCCAAGUCUGCUCUACUGGAUCAAUAAUUUUUUUUUUUUCUGUUUUCUCUUUUUUUUUUUUUUUCUUUUUUGUGGGCCUGGGGUUUUUGCGUAAACCUGUGCCUGACUGUACAUAGCCCCAGUAAGCUGACUAAAGGAGACCAGUAAGGGUUGGGGAUCCAGUUGCCGCUCUGUGUGGGGGACGGAGGUGUAAUUGAAGGAAAGGAGCAUGUAUACUGGACGUCCUGAUGCUCCUCAGUUGUAGUACCUCUACAGAUCAAUAAGCCCCACGAGUUCCUGCAUAAACGAACAUGCUCACAGUAACUGAGGGUCAUUUUAAUCCAACCCAGGUACCUUCCCUCCACUCUACUCGCUCUCUUUAGUCAUCGUCUCGUCUUACCUUGUACACAUCACAAGUUAAAUUUCAAAGUACCUUUUUUUAAAGUAACUUUUUUUUAGGAUUUCCAUUUCAUUAAUUAAAACCAAGCUACCCGAGAAAACAAAGAACGACCAUGUAGAUAUUUUCUGACUGGAAACCCAAUGGUAUCACACUGGCAGAAUGCUCUUCCCAGUCCGAGGCUACCCUACCUCCCUCGCCACAGCACUCUCCGAUGGGCUCUUGCACAUGACAUAUUUUUUCCCCUUUAUUUCUCAUUAUUUCUUGUGUUUUUGUUGUAUUUUAUUUUGGGGGAGGGGGAUAUAAAAAAAACAGAUUUGGCACACAUCCAGUAGUUCAUAACACUCGUUUCUAUUUUGUUAACUCCAAAUGAUAAAAACCGAAAUAAGAGCAAGGCAAUGAGAUGUAUCUUGAUAUGGGAGCACUUAGUGUGAUAGUGAAUAAACAUGUAAAACAUG